AAUGCAUUUCAAACCAAGUGAACAUUAAGUGGUGUACCCUACUCUUGUGAGUUCUUGUGCUCCUUUCUGUGGCCAUGGACGGAAAAAAAUUAGAGUACAAAGGUGAGGAAGCACUAAAGGAGAUAGAGAGGUUGACAAUGAAGGCUGCUGAAGUUCAAGAAAGCCUUUUGAAACAGAUCUUAACUCAGAAUAAGGAAACUGAGUAUUUGAAUAAGUAUAUGAGGGGAGAAACAAAUGUAACAGACAUAGCAGAGUUUAAGAGGUGUGUUCCUGUCAUCUCUUAUGAAAGAAUCUUCCCAUAUAUCCAGAGAAUUGCAAAUGGGGAAGACUCUUCUCUUAUCACUGGUCACCCUAUAACAGAAAUGUUAUGCAGUUCAGGGACAUCAGCUGGAGAGCCCAAAAUGAUGCCAUCAAUUGCUGAAGAUCUAGAACGCCGUACCUUUGUGUACAAUCUGAUCAUGCCAAUCAUAAAUCAGUACGUUCGUGAUCUGGACGAGGGCAAGACAAUGUAUCUGUACUUUGUGAAAGCAGAAAUGUCCACUCCUAGUGGCUUACCUGCUAGGACAGUGUUAACAAGCUACUACAAGAGCAAGCACUUCAAGUGCCGCACACACGACCCUUGGAACGAUUACACAAGCCCUGACCAAACCAUUCUAUGCAAUGACAGCAACCAAAGCAUGCAUUGCCAGCUUCUAGCGGGUUUGGUCCACCGACGCCAGGUUCUGAGGCUUGGCGCAGUUUUUGCCUCAGCACUUCUUCGAGCCAUUUCCUUCCUUGAACGUAACUGGAGGCACCUAUGUGAGGACAUAAGCACUGGCCAACUAAGCUCCUUCAUAACUGACCCUGCAUGUCGCUCAUGCAUGUCCACGGUGCUUUCUUCUCCUGACCCUCGUCUUGCUGAUGAGAUCACGAGAAUCUGUAGUCAAAAGUCUUGGAAGGGAAUUCUGUGCCAGCUUUGGCCUAGAGCCAAGUACAUAGAGGCUGUGGUUACUGGCUCCAUGGCUCAGUAUGUUCCUGCUCUUAAGCAUUACAGCGAUGGAAAGUUGCCUUUGGUUUGUACCAUGUAUGCUUCGUCUGAGUGCUACUUUGGGGUGAAUCUGAAGCCUCUGUGUGAUCCUUCGGAUGUUGUGUUUACCCUCUUGCCUAACAUGGGAUACUUUGAGUUCCUUCCUCUUGGACACAACGGGACACUGUUGAUGGACUUUGACGAAGGGGAGCAAGUUCCCAUUGAUAAGCUCGUGGAUUUGGUGCAUGUCAAGAUUGGUUGCUUUUAUGAGCUGGUCGUCACUACCUUUGCUGGGCUAUAUCGUUACCGCAUUGGUGACGUGCUUCAGGUGGUGAGAUUCUACAACAACGCCCCACAAGUCCGUUUCAUCUGCAGGAGGAACGUGGUGAUAAGCAUCGACACUGAGAAGACGAACGAGGAGGAUUUGCACAGGAGCGUGACGAUGGCGAAGAAGUUGUUGGAGCCAUACGAUGCUCUCCUAGUGGAGUACACGAGUUACCCCGAUACAUGUUCAGUCCCAGGACACUACGUAUUGUACUGGGAAAUUCUCCAUUGCGGCACAAAGACGGAGCCAGAGGCCCCACUGGAUGGAAGCGUACUCGAAGAAUGUUGCAUUGCGGUGGAAGAACAGCUUGACUACGUAUAUAGACGGUGCCGUAGCAAUGACAAAUCGGUGGGGCCUCUUGAGAUACGUGUGGUGGAGCCAGGAACGUUUGACGCAUUGAUGGACUUGUUUAUCAGCCAAGGUGCUUCGAUCAAUCAGUACAAAACUCCAAGGUGCAUUAAGUCUAAGAAGGCACUCAAGUUGCUCAAAUCUAAAGUUACUGCGUCUUUCUUCAGUCCUAGAGAUCCCACAUGGGCCCCCAAAAUGUGUUGAAUUCAAGUUGAGGAGGACUCUUGUCUUGUGUUCCAACUUUUUGUUCAUCAUUAUGGUGUUUAAUUAAUUGCCUCCAUCCACACCUUGCACAACGAUUUGCCUUUCCUUUGUAUUCGUUAUCUUUUCUGUAAGCAAAAGCGCACACUCCAUCUUCAUUUUAGGUCUACCAAGAAAUUUUAUGACAUAUUCGCAUCAAUAUAUUUAUAUAUAAAUCCUAUGCUUUAUUGAAUAUCAAAACUUAAAUUGUAUAUCUGACUAUGGAGAAGAGGAUCUAUAUAUCUUUAUUCAGUUCUUAU